CUGCUGCUGCGAUUAACAGAAACCCCAGACUAUCAUACAACUUGCCCAGUUGAUGCCAUUGGCUCUACACAAUCAUCUAAACGCAAUUCCACAGCGCCAAUAAGCUCGUUCAAAUCUAUGGCACCAUCAACAUGUCAGUGUACAGCUCACAGCGGAUAGCCUUGAUCGGUCUGGGAACCAUCGGCAUAUCCAUGGCAGCGCUUCAUCUCUCUCGUGAGAGCAACAUAGUUGAUGUCUUCGAUACCAGACCGGAUUUCGAGGAAUAUAUCCAUAAGACGCUACCGAUCUACAUGAGCGAGCUGCCAUCAACAAAUACCGACCCUAGGUCAAGUCCUGAAUCUCAACCAUCAACGUCAUUGGUAGCGUCUCUUGUCUCUUCUGGCCGUCUGCAAAUUCACUCGACCCUAGAAAGCGCAUGCGCGUCGGCAACCAUUGUCCAGGAGCAAGGACCGGAAAAUGUUGACUGGAAACAAACUACAUGGGCCGGGAUCGAAGCAGUAGCCCCGUCUUCUGCGCAUUUCUGGACAAGCACUUCUGGAAUUGCUGCUUCUAUUCAGCAAGCCAAGAUGCAGGACAAAUCUCGCUUGCUUGUUGUGCAUCCUUUCAACCCACCGAAUAUAAUGCCUCUUCUCGAAAUCGUACCGGCUCCAGAAACUUCCGCUGAGCGGGUGGAAUUUGCUCAGAUUCCAGGGUUUGUGGGCAAUCGAUUAGCCUUCGCCCUACUACGGGAAGCUUGCUAUCUGGUUCAGGAAGAUGUCGUAGAUGCAAAGGACCUGGACACGAUACUGAUGGCUAGUUUGGGACCAAGAUGGGCUGGAAACGGUGUGUUUGAGAGCUAUCAGUAUGGCGGGGGAAAAGGUGGCAUAGGUUCCUUCUUGGACAAGCUUGGUGGCACUAUGCAAACUUGUUGGGAUGCGCAGGGGAGAAUCAACGUGGAGGGCGACGAAAAAACAGAGUGGAAGGAAAAGGUCAUUGCGCAAGUGAACGAAGCCUAUGGAACGGUAUCUGCGGAGCAAAUCCAGAUGAAGGAAGCACGAUUGAAAGAUAUCAUAGAUAUCCAAAUGAAGGGUUACAGCCGCGAUGGACCAGAAGUAUGAGGGGAACAGACAUGUUGAUGGCCCUGCCGGAACUGAUGCCCGCAGAAGCUUGGAUAUUGCGGCCUGCAAACUCCCAGACGGCUGGCUGAUUCAAUUGUUUACCGAUGUUUGAGAGCCGUCAACAUGUAUAUAAGCGGUGGAUUGAGCAAUUCCACAAUGUGUUUCAUGUUUUUAC